AGUUGAACAGGGAAACUUCGUUCUUCCUAUAAGCGAUCGGUUAUACGGCACAGAAAUGAGAUUCUUUAUCUUCUUUUUUCUGACAUUUCAAGGGGUGAUGGUUGAGGAAAUCCAAAUCUCAGGGUACAUAGGUGAGAGUGUUACAUUGCCAUCAAAAGCCGACCCAUCCUGGGUUUUAUCCAAAGUUGACUGGUCAAUAUUCACGAACAACACCUGGAUUGCCACCUUUGACAACGGCAAAAUAAAUACUGAACGUCGUGCAGAAUACAAAGGGAGGCUUACUCUUAAUAGCAUCUCAGGCGAUUUAACCAUUUCUAACCUGACCCAAAGAGAUGCCAUGACUUACACUGUAGAUCUCGUCAAUAAAAACAAUGUGGACAAAGUCAACAAGAUUAUUCUAACUGUGAAAGAACACCUUCAGCAACCAAAUAUCACCAAGAUCCAUUUUCCAGCAACAACAGAAGGCUGUACUUUCGCCCUCAAGUGUUCUUCUCCAGAUGUUGGUGUUGAUUUCACCUGGGAUGUUAAACCUUCACGUCGUCAUUGGAGCAGUUCCCAAACUGGUGCGUCAGAGCUUGUAGUAUUAUCGUCAAGCUUUGUAAAUGUCACCUGCACUGCCAGGAGAAAAGAGGAGAACAAAACAGCUGUUUGGCAAUCAAAUUGUAACGGUCCCAAGGAACCACCUCAAUGUCUACGGGGACAUGGUUGCGUGGCUGCCAUUGUAGUUUUUGUUGUAGUAGCGCUCAUAGUCCUUUGUUGUUGGAUGAAAGAAAAGAUCAUCUAUGCAUUUCAAAGGUUAACAGGUAAAAAUGAUUCAUGAAAAGACUGAGGUGUCAAAUGGUAUAUGCAUGAAAAGUGCAUGCCUGCCAAGAUAUGCAUCCCCAGUACGCAUGUAAUGAACAACAUUAAAUCCAAAGAUCUUGUCCGAGGUACGGCUGAUUUAUUUGUUGUAGUCUCUUGUUAUUCAGACACAACAAUAAACAGUAGUGACGUCAGUUUGGAAACUGUAAAGCUUUGUCUUACGAGGAAAAUCAAAAUGUGCAUCUACACAGCACAACGUUCACUGACCAGUGAGAUGUCCCU